AAGAUACCCGUUCUGGGCAAACAUCAGCGGGCUAUCACGUGUGGAGCUUUUUCAAAUAACGAUUUACUGGCACUUGGAGCGGAGGAUGCCUCAAUUACAGUUAGCAGUACUGAUGGUGAUUCGGUAUUCUCAUUCACAUGCAAUUCGGAUCCAUCGAUGAUAAAAUUUUAUGAUUUCAAACAGAGCAGCGAGAAGAAUGCCAAGUCUGAUGUCAUGCUAAGCGCUGUGUUGGGCAAAAAAAUCUUGAUGCUUGUGAACUUGAGCGAUUCCGAGAAUCCGAUCAAUUUGCAGUUUCAAGUUCGCUACGGCAAUAUCGCUACGUAUUGCUGGUUUGGUGAUGGUUUUUUGCUGUUAGGCUUCGAUAAAGGUUUUUUGGUAUGUAUUUCGGUGAACGAUUCGGAGAUUGGCCAGGUUUAUUUCUCGUCACUUAAUUUCUGUAUCUAUAAAUAA